GUGUCCGUGUCCCCAACAAAGGCAGCCGGGCGGGGCGCAGCGGGCAGGGCCGGGGGUGCUGCGGCCCGUGCCCUUCAGGGAGGGUCAGAGCAGGAGCGGGGGGGAACAAAGAUUUAAUCCAGGCCCGGCUCUUAAACGCUUGAGGCUGGAGCUGCCAGCCCUGCCCGGAGCGCUCCUCUGCGGCUUCUUGUUUAGCAGAUCGUUCUCUGCCAUUGCAAGUGAAGAUUUAGGAUGCGCAGCGCAGUGUCUGCACGGGCAGCGUCCUGGAAAGGCCCUUUCCUGGUGCCUGGUUGAUUUUGAGGCUCCUGUUGGACUCUUCCUCCCCCGCUGACACAGGGGAGGUGGCCACGGGACAGGGCCGCGGGGCUGUGUGUGUGCAGGCAGGCAGAGGGUGUGAUACAGAGUCCGUGCUGCCUCCUCCAGCUCAGUUUGUCGUGUUGCAGCACAAUAAAUAGGCAGGAGGGACUGUCUUCUGCUGACGAUCUGGAUGGAGUGAGCAGAAUUCCUCCUGGAUGAGCUGGGAGCUUGCCCGGGAUCUCCAAACAGUAUCACCUUGAGUGAUGCCCAAGAAGUUCCAAGGGGAAAACACCAAGUCGGCUGCUGCCCGCGCAAGGAAGGCUGAGGCAAAGGCAGCAGCUGAUGCCAAACGGCAGCAGGAGCUGGAAGAUGCCUACUGGAAGGAUGAAGACAAACACGUGAUGAGGAAGGAACAGAGGAAGGAAGAGCGGGAGAAGCGGCGCCUGGAGCAGCUGGAGCGCAAGAAGGAGCUGCAGCGCCUGCUGGAGGAGGAAGACUCAAAGCUGAAGGGGAAGUCACCCAAGCAGGUCACUCCAGGCAAAGUCACCAGGGCCCAGAUCGAGGAGACAAUCAGGAAAGACCAGCAGCAGAAGGAGAAUGCAGAAACAGUGGAAAAGGAGAAGACUCACUUGGAGGUCCCCUUGGAAGAGAACAUCAACAGAAGGGUGCUGGAGGAAGGAUCAGUGGAGGCCAGGACGAUUGAAGAUGCCAUUGCUGUCCUCAGCGUUGCCAAUGACCUGGAUCGGCACCCGGAGCGCCGGAUGAAAGCCGCUUUCACCGCCUUCGAGGAGCUCAACCUGCCGCGCCUGAAGCAGGAGAACCCCAACAUGCGCCUGUCCCAGCUCAAGCAGCUCCUCAAGAAGGAGUGGAUGAAGUCUCCAGAAAACCCCAUGAACCAGCGGCACAAGGCUUACAACAGCCAAAAGUAGAACUAGAGCUGAGCAAUCACCCCCGCCACGGACAGGGGGCUGGAGCCCCCAGGGCUCUGCUCCGAGGAGAACAGGAGACACAAGGAACCUCCUCUCCUUUUGUUUCCCUUUCCCUACCCCCAGUUUCUGUCUGUUCUUGGAUUUAAGAUAAGCACGAGGCCACGGCUCAGGACCCUGCAUGGUCCUGUCCCCCCGGGCGUGCUGGUGCAGCACGACCAGGACACACCACCACCACCUUCCUGUCCCCCAAAGCCACUUGUCUUACAACAAAAACAAGCUACUAACUCGCUUCCAGCCCUUCAGUGCUCCCAGGGUGCAGCCUCAGCACUGCUGCCUGCCAAGGUGGGGACCCCCCAGGACCCACUUCCAGGCUGGACCUCACCCAAACUGCAUCACCCCAACUCUGCUGUGGCUGCGCCGCAUGCUCAUCCUCUGCAGGGUGAGUAUUUCUUGCAACCACCAUGAGGAAGGCACCCCCCCGCUGUUGCUCAUGUCAUCUUGGUGCUGGGAUGUCCCCACGUUGAUUCCAGACUGGGAUUGCUGUUGGCAUUGCCUGCUGCCAGCCACCUCUGGGUCUCAACUGGAGUUAGAUGGGGAGGAGGAACCACAACGGGAGCAGAAGCUCCAUCAGUGAAGAGUUACGGGCGAAGAGAGAGAAUAACCUGCCAUCUUCAAGGAGGAAGAGGAGAAGUCCCGCAGCGCAGCGCAAUCCCUGCAGAACACUGGUGCCACACUCCUCCGUGUCACCUCCCUGGUGGCCUUGCCCAGAGCCUCACACGCUGCUGGUGGGACAGGAGCUCCCGGAGGGGCUGUGACCCUGCACAACCCACGAGCUGCCUCAAGGAGGGAAGCUGCUGCUUCUCCCAUCGCUGCUUCCCCUGCCUGCUCCCAGGCUCGGGCAGGAGCCUGGGGAAGGGGAUCGGGAAUGUCAGCUCAGCCACUGCUGCACUGAGGGCACAGACCUGCCUGUGCCAAUGCUCCAGCAGAAAUGGGUGAGCCCCUCUCCAUGACCAAGCACUGGGAUUUCCUCUCUUCCCUUUUCACUUCUCUUCUGGUCUCCUUUAGGAAUGAAACGCCUUCCUAUGACCUAAACCCGUGCCUGUUGCAGCUGGUGCUUUACCCGAGUGGAUAACCAGGGAAUGCCACCCCCAGGGCUGGCUCAGCAUCCCGCUGGCAUUCCUUCCUGUGGUGUGGCACCACCAGGGCUCAUCCCGGGCAGGGGGUGGCCCCUGUCCCUGCACAGGAUCGCUCCUGAGCGAUGCGGGAGUCUGGGCGGCAGCGGCAGCUUUUGCACUUGGGUGGGUUGAGGAGCAGCAGCGGCUGUUUGGGGGCUCUCUUGCACCCCGCUGAGGAGGCAGCUGGGCCGGGGUGUGUGUGUCCCCCCCCCAGGUAAAGGCAGGGAGGAAGGUGCCCGGUGCCCCCCCCGCCCCGUUCUGUGAGGAGUUUGUUGUGUUUGAACCCCAUUAAAAGUAAUAAAUCCCAAA